GCAUUAUUUAGACGUAGAAAGUGGUGUAAUGUUCUCCACCCUUCUGUAAGGAAAUGUUCACCAGAGGAGUGGCUGAUAAGUAUGAAACCUCUCAAGUAAAGAAAUGACUUCAUACCAAGGAAUCGUUGCAGUCAAAGCAAGGUGGUUGGAGGCAAGGGGCAUUAAGGUUUUCCAGAAACAGAAAUGAUGUCUCCAACCACACCUGAUGCUUCAAGAUGGGAAUCCCUGGACUGGUUCACUGCAACACUGAAAGACUGGAUUAGCUUUACUUUUCUGCAUGAAUAUGCAUAUUUUGCGGUUUGGUGGUUAAUUUGUGUGCCUACCCUUGUGGGAGUGACAUUUGUCUUCAUUGUAUACAUUGUAAUAAGUAUAAUUUCACUUUUUGUGUUUAUACACAAGAAAAUAAAUAAUGCACCAGAAGAAAUGCUGAACAAAGAAUGGGAUAAACCAAGACACUUAAUUUCAUAUUUCGGGGCUAAACUUGGGGAGAUUUUGCAUGGUUAUGAGAUUAUCGGAAUGGAGAAUAUACCGGAAGGACCUGGAAUUAUUGUUUUAUAUCACGGUGCUUUGGCUUAUGACUAUAGUUUUUUGGUAAAUAAAAUAUUUCUACUGACAGGGAGACUCUGUCAUUCCGUGGUCGACAAUAAGUUGUAUAUUGUACCAGGCCUAAAACUUUACUUUGAUCUGUUUGGUUGCAUUCCUGGCAACAGAGCCAAAUGUGUUGAAAUCCUGAAGAAAGGCCAGGUAUUGGGGAUUAUACCAGGUGGAAUGAAAGAAGCAGUAUUUAGUGACCACAACUAUGAACUAAUGUGGGAUAACCGUACUGGUUUUGCCCAUGUGGCUUUAGAAGCUAAAGUGCCCAUCAUUCCCAUGUUUACACAAAAUAUUCGUGAAGUCAGCAGAACAUUUGGGAAUACACGAUUUACAAGAUGGCUACAUGAUAAAAAUCGAUGGUUUUUCCUUCCCAUUAUUGGACACUUUCCUGUCAAAUUACGUACAUAUCUAGGAGAACCCAUCCCGUAUGAUCCAAACAUAACUGCAGAAGAACUAGCACAAAAGACAAAGAUUGCUAUUGAAAACCUCCGUGAUAAACACCAAAAAAUACCAGGAAGUAUCUUAAGAGCUCUUUCAGAACGAUUUGAGAAACAUCAUAAAGAAAAUUAGCUUUCACACAUUUAAUGCACCUGUCUUUUUCAUUAGCCAAAUAUCAAAAUAAAACAUUUAUGCCUUUGUGAGUAAUGUAUGUUAAAAUAAUGUAUAGUUUUUAAUGUAUUUAGACUUCCAUAAACUAUGUAAUCUUAUGAAUUACUGUGACAGUAAAAUGUUGGAAAUGCAACAAUACUUCACACUGAAAAGUGAAGGGUGCCUCACAGUUGGCAGUAUUAAUAGAGUACGUCUGAGCAACCUGAAAUGUCCUCCUACUGUGUCUAUCUAUCCUGACUCCUCUGUGAUGUAAACUCUUAGGAAUGAUUCUCCACCUCUUCUUCUCCCCACAGAUCAUCUCUCAACCUCCCAAGAGGUAGCUGAUUAGAUUAGAACCCUGAUUAACUUUUCUAGCUUACAAGGGAGUUUCUACAAUAAAACUUAGUUUCUUUUUCGAAAA